CACUACCCCCCCCCCUCAAACUAUGGAGGAAGAUAAUCUCCCAAUACUUGAUUAUGCUCACUCUGAGUUUAAAAGACAGCAUUUCCAGCGGGCAGAAGAACUUUACACACAGUUUAUCUCGUCCUGCGCACAGUUCAGAGAAUGUGAAGCUAGUAAUUUGGCUGGUGCUUAUAACAACCGCGGACAGAUAAAGUAUCUCCGGGUGGAUUUCACUGCAGCAGUAGAGGACUUCACUUCCGCAAUACAGACUGACAGCCGGUUUGAAAUACCUUUCUACAACAGAGGACUCAUCCGCUAUAGACUAGGUUUUUUUGACGAUGCCAAGAGUGACUUCCAGCAAGCAUUGAUGCUCAAUCCAGAUUUUGAAGAUGCCAAAGUGAGCCUGCAACAGACACUUCUGGACCAGCAGCACAAGAUAGAAAGGGGCUACUGACAGCUUCAUCAACUAUAGAGUACUUAUUUGACAUUUUCUUAAAUCUGGCAGCUAAAGAAAACAUGGACAUGUUGUCAAUUGACUUACAAUUAUGUACAGCUGUCAUAUAACAUAUUAUCGUGAUAUGAUCUGAAUUAAAAUAAUUCCUUUUCUGCACUUGA